AUGCAACAGAAUAACAUUUCCGGCGACGGCUUAACAUCUGGCGAGACGCCUACUUUUUCUUUCCCUAUUUUCAUGUCUUUCUUUCUUUCUUUAUUUCUUUCUUUCUUUCUUUCUUCCCAGGUCUAUCAUUCUUUCCCAUUUCCAUGUCUUUAUUUCUUUCUUUCUCUAUUUCCCCAUUUUGUUUCUUUUUUUCCAUAUUUCCAUGGCUUUCUUUCUUUCUUUCUUUCCCGAAUUCCAUGUCUAACUUUCUUUCUUUCUUUCUUUCUUUCUUUCUUUCUUUCUUUCCCUAUGAUGCGCCGACUGACACACCCUUCAUCUUUUAUGCGCAUACUCGAUUCAGCAUUUCACAAAUAUGUUAUUUUCACCGUCUUCAUAAAUAGACAUAUCAACAACUUCCUAAGUUUUCUUUCUUACAGUAUUAACCCAUUCAUACCCAUAAUUCUUUUUCUGAUGCAUGGAUUUCUGCAUAUGAAUGGGUUAUCGGUAGUAAGAGUAUCUCCAUCUAUCUAUCUGGCUCGGUCUGUUAAUAUCUCUAGUGUAUCUCCAUCUAUCUAUCUGGCUCGGUCUGUUCAUAUCUCUAGAGUAUCUCCAUCUAUCUAUCUGGCUCGGUCUGUUAAUAUCUAUAGAGUAUCUACAUCUAUCUAUCUGGCUCGGUCUGUUCAUAUCUAUAGAGUAUCUACAUCUAUUUUCUGGAUCGAUCUGUUCAUAUCUAUACAAUAUUUCCAUCUAUCUAUCUGUCGGUUUGUUCCUUCUAUCAUCUAUUUUCUGGAUCGUUCCAUAUCUAUAGAAGCAUCUACAUCUAUUUUCUGGUCUGUUCAUAUCUAUACAAUAUUUCCAUCUAUCUAUCUGGCUCGGUCUAGUAUCUACAUCUAUUUUCAUCUAUUCAUAUCUAUCUAUUUCCAUCUAUCUAUCUGGCUCUGUUCAUAUAUCUACAUCUAUUUUCUGGCAUCAUAUCUAUAUAUCUGGCUCAAUAUUUCCAUCUAUCUAUCUGGCUCGUCUGUUCAUAUCUAUAGAUCUAUCUACAUCUAUUUUCUCUGGAUCGGUCUGUUCAUAUCUAUCUAUCUACAUCUAUUUUCUGGCUCGGUCUGUUCAUCUCUAUACAAUCUAUCUAUCUAUCUGGCUCGAGUCUCUAUCUAUAGAGUAUCUAUUUUCUGGCUCGGUCUGUUCAUAUCUAUCUAUCUGGAUCGUUCUUCAUAUCUAUAUUCUAUCCAUCUAUCUAUCUCUAUCUAUCUCAGUCUGUUCAUAUCUAUCUAUCUAUCAAUAUUUCCAUCUAUCUGGCUCGGUCUAGUAUCUACAUCUAUUUUCUGGCUCGGUCUGUUCAUAUCUAUACAAUAUUUCCAUCUAUCUAUCUGGCUCGGUCUGUUCAUAUCUAUAGAGUAUCUACAUCUAUUUUCUGGCUCGAGUAUCUACAUCUAUUUUCUGGAUCGGUCUGUUCAUAUCUAUACAUUAUUUCCAUCUAUCUAUCUGGCUCAGUCUGUUCAUAUCUAUAGAGUAUCUACAUCUAUCUAUCUGGCUCGGUCUGUUCAUAUCUAUCUAUCUACAGAGGCCUAA